AUGCGACUUCUCCCGAGGCGAGCCCUCGCUCACGAUCUUUCUCCGGGCCUCACAUGCCGUACUUACCGGCUGCAACGGCGCCAAUAUGCGACUUCGCUUUCUCCUCCCCCACCGCCUCUUUCCGGAUACACAUCGUUGACUUCACGAAGGCUCAUAUCCGUCACCGGCCCAGACUCAGCAAAGUUUCUGCAGGGAAUUGUGACUGCCAACGUGACCACGAAGGACGGAAAACCGAGGAGUGAUGGAUUCUAUGCCGCUUUUUUGACUGCGACUGGCAGAGUACUUUACGAUGUGUUCAUCUACCCGAAUCACAAUACUUCAGGAGCUUCGGCCGAGGAGCCAGGAUAUCUGAUUGAAGUUGAUGCAGACCAAGCGUCGACGCUCGCCAAACAUAUCAAACGCUACAAGCUCAGAGCAAAGCUAGCCGUUCGCUUAUUGGAAAAUGAUGAGGCGACAGUUUGGCAUGCGUGGGACGACUCAAAUUCUGCGAACUCUAACUCAAUCGUCAAGCCGGCCAACUUUUCUCUCCAGGAUCCAAGAGCCCCCGGUCUGGGGUAUCGGCUACUGCAACUGGAUCAGCACCCUCCCCAGUUCGAUCUCGAACCAAGCACUCAGGAAGCUUACACAAUACGAAGAUACUUAAAUGGUAUUCCCGAAGGUCAGGAUGAGAUAUCUCGAGAGCAUGCUCUUCCUCAGGAAACGAAUAUGGAUAUUAUGAAAGGAAUCGAUUUCCACAAAGGCUGCUAUGUUGGCCAGGAACUUACAAUCCGCACCAGACAUCGUGGUGUAGUUCGCAAACGAAUUCUGCCCUGUGUAGUCUACGAAACGGAGCAUGCACCGCCGACAACACUUCAGUAUCACGCGGACGAUAUAACGUCUUCUCUUGAGAGUGUGACUGCAGACAUGAUACCACGAGACACAAGCAUCGGACGAUUUGAGAAAAGAGGUCGAAGCGCCGGCAAGUGGCUCAAGGGUGUGGGAAACAUUGGGCUCGGGCUGUGCCGCCUCGAGAUCAUGACUGAUGUGACACUGCCGGGAGAUGCGGCGUCGGGGGCUUUCAACCCCGAGGACGAGUUUGUCCUAGAUUGGGGCGAGGAGGAAAGCCGCAAUAGAGUAAAGGUUAAGGCUUUUGUGCCGGGGUGGUUGAGAGAAGGUCUUGAUGCUGAGAAUCAGCGAAAUGAAAAGUAG